UUUGAAAUCCUCAUGAAGCAGAGUCCAACUGGAGCUGGUACAUCUCUAGGUGCUUCAGGAUCCUCACAGGGUCAGCCUCAUCUUACUGAAGGUCCGAAACCUUUAUGACACGGAACACAACUGGAGCUGGAUGCAUCGGGAUAGACCUCUGGAUGAUGAGACUCGAGCAAGGAGACGGUGCAGUACAGUAUCUCCAUCUAGCCAAUCAGAAGCCACUUCUGGUUCCACCUGUUCAUCAGUUGAUCUCAUAGUAGAACUUGUACCAGAACCGCUUUCUCGGGCUGGCGGCCAUGGCCUCACCAUCUCGCUCGUCCCAGGCCCGGCGCCGGAGCAAAGACCCUAUCCGGCACAGCUUCAACCCGGAGCACUUUCCCAGCGUGGACUUUUCCCAGAACGGCGAGUCUGAGGAACUGGCGGCUGCUCUGCCACGUUCCACCAGCGAUACGGACCUGGUGACAUCACACUGCCGCUCCACGCUGACUGCCAGCAGCUCCCACUACGCCAUCGGCCAGUCGCCAGACAUCACGCUCACCUGGGACAUCAAGGAAGAGGUGGAUGCCGGAGACUGGAUUGGAAUGUAUCUCAUCGAUGAGGUGCUAUCGGAGAACUUUCUGGACUAUAAGAACCGCGGGGUGAAUGGCUCUCACAAAGGCCAGAUUGUGUGGAAGAUUGAGGCCAAUUCCUACUUUGUUGAACCCGAGACGAAGGUUUGCUUUAAGUACUACCAUGGGGUGAGCGGUGCCUUGAGGGCUACGACGCCUAGUGUGACCGUGAGGAACCCUUCAGCGCCGGUGUUCAAGCCGGUUGCCGUAGACGACGUACCUCAGAGUCAGGGCAGCCGAAGACUCAUCAGCUUCUCUCUGUCAGAUUUCCAGGCAACAGGCUUAAAGAAGGGCAUGUUCUUUAACCCGGACCCCUACCUGAAGAUCGCAAUCCACCCGGGCAAACACAGCAUCUUCCCUGCUCUACCUCACCAUGGCCAGGAGAAAAGAUCGGGCAUUGUCUGCAACACCGUCAACCCCAUGUGGCAAAGAGAGAGGUUUAGUUUUGUGUCUUUACCUACGGAUGUGCUGGAGAUUGAGGUAAAGGAUAAAUUUGCCAAGAGCAGACCCAUCAUAAAGCGCUUCCUGGGUAAACUGUCCAUGCCGGUGCAGAGAUUAUUGGAGAAGCAUGCGAUCGGUGACCGAGUCGUCAGCUACACUUUGGGUCGAAGAUUGCCAACGGAGCAUGUCAGUGGUCAAUUGCAGUUCCGGUUUGAAAUAACUUCCUCCAUUCAUCCAGAUGAUGAGGACAUGUCACUCAGCACAGAUCUUGAGUGUACCACAGUGCCUGAGGAACCAGAGGAACCCGAGCAGCAUGUGCUAGGAGAACUGGAGGCAGGAGGACAUUCUGCUCCGGUUCAAGCCGAAGACACAAUGAGCCUGGAUCUGGCUGCUCCUGAUCUGCCUUUAGACGGAGACAUGGCCUCAGUAGAAGUUCCCAUGGAUGUAGAUCCUUUGGAGGCUGGCGAGGGAAGGACAGAGAUACAGGAGACCUUUGGGGGACAGGUGGCAGAAUUUGUCCCUGGAGAGAGCAGUGAACAAGAGGUGGAGACUGUGGCAGCUGAGCAAGAUGGAGAGAGUGAAGUGGAGGCUUUGGUGCCUGAGCAAGAUGAAGGAAGUCAGGUGGAGGUCCAGAUUUUUGAACAGGAUGGAGCGAGUGAGCAAGAUGUGGCAGCUAUGGAACAGAUGGAGCAAGGAGUACAGGGAGAAGGAUAUAGUCAAGAGACGAAUCACGUGGAACCACUUGAUUCAGAAAUUACAGAAGGGACGACAGCAGCCCGUGCUGUAGAGGCAGAAGAAAUGGAGAAUGUUUUGGAAGGAUCUGAAGCUAACCAUGUCUCCCCUGAGGAUUAUGCUCAAGCAGAGGAUGACGAUCAGGAAGAAGAAGAAGUUUGCUCACUCCGGAUGCGUGGUCCCGCAAAGCGGAAAAAUCGGCCAUGCUCUCUGCCUGUGUGUGAGCUGGAGACGGUAAUUGCCUCGACGUGCGAGGAACCCGAGACCCCACGGUCACACUACAUUCGUCUCCAUCACCUUCUCCACAGCCUUCCUUCUAACCAAUCAGAAAGCUGUAAAACAGAAGAAGAAGAGGAAGAAGAAGUAGAAGAAGAGGAAGAGGAAGAGCAAGACGAAGAAGGUGAUGCACCAGAGCCGCUGACUCCCAAUGGCCCGCGUCGCUCCCUUCCUCGCAGCCGCUCACACCAGCGUCUCUCCGAACUCGUGCAGAUACUAGACGGAGAGGGACAAGUGCUGGGGUCCGAGGGUCAGGUCAGAGGCCAAAGAUCGCCAGGUGAGAGCGAAGGCGAGACUGACCUUAGCCCAGUGCCAUGCUGUAGUCACAUGGUGGUGAGGGGAGCAGGUGCAAUGCGUGCAGCAUCUCUGGACAGCGCACGAUGCACCAUGGGCAGCGUGUUCUCCUCACAGGAAGACGAUGACGACAUGGACGGGCUGAACGGCAUCUUGGAUUUAGAGGUGGAGCCUUGUCAGGUGGUGCGGCAUCGAACCAGAGAUGGAACAAGGUGGGAGGAAGUGCCUGACACUCAUGUGCAAAGUCCACAAGGCAUUGUGGGUGAUGGAGAGUCCCCAGAAGCUGGGACCAGCAACAGGAGAGAGUGUCCUCUUCCAUGUAGUCACCCUCCAGUAAGCCAACUCCCUGCUCUGAGGCCAGACCCCCACCACUAUCCCACCAUCGAUGAGCCCCUUCCUCCAAACUGGGAGGCACGCAUCGACAGUCAUGGACGUGUGUUCUAUGUGGACCACAUUAACCGCACAACAACGUGGCAAAGACCAACAGCAGCAGCCACGCCUGAUGGAUUGCGGAGGUCUGGAUCCAUCCAGCAAAUGGAGCAGCUCAACAGGAGAUAUCAGACCAUCCAGAGGACCAUGGCCACGGAAAGGAGGGAAGAGGAAGGAGGGAACCCUUCCUCUCGGUUGGAGAGGACUAGCAGCACAGAGACCGACUCGCCGCCUCAGACAAGCGAGUCGAGGAGAGACUCACAUUGCUCUCCAAAUCACUGUCAGAAGAUCACCUUGCUGCUGCAGUGUCCAGCCGUCAAGUUCAUCACACAUCCGGAGUUCUUCACCGUGCUCCAUGCCAACUAUGGUGCGUAUCGCAUGUUCACCAACAGCUCAUGUCUGAAGCACAUGAUCCUGAAGAUCAGGAGGGACGCGCGCAACUUCGAGCGCUACCAGCACAACCGUGAUCUCGUAUCAUUCCUGAACCGCUUCGCCGAUUCCCACAUGGAGCUGCCCCGGGGCUGGGAGAUUAAAACUGACCCUCAGGGAAAGUCGUUCUUUGUGGAUCACAACAGCCGUGCUACAACCUUCAUUGACCCCAGAAUCCCUCUGCAGAACGGCAGGCUGCCCAACCAUCUCACUCACCGGCAACACCUGCAGAGACUGCGCAGCUACAGUGCAGGAGAGGCAUCCGACGUGUCCCGCACCCGUGGGGUGUCUCUGUUAGCGAGGCCGAGUAACAGUUUGGUAACCGCCAUCCGAAACCAAAGCCAGCAGGAGCCGGUGCCACUGGCAUACAAUGAUAAGAUUGUAGCGUUUCUACGGCAACCCAACAUCUUCGAAGUGCUCCAAGAGAGGCAGCCGAGCCUGGCCAGGAACCACUCGCUGAAAGAAAAGGUACACCAUAUCCGUACAGAAGGCACACCCAGACUAGAAAAGCUGUCCUGCGAUGCCGACUUUGUCAUGCUGUUGAGUUUGUUCGAGGAGGACAUCAUGUCCUACGUUCCUCUCACGACGUUUCACUCCGGCUUCGCCUUCUCUCCCCGCUGCUCCCCGGGCUCCUCUCCGCAAAAUUCUCCAGGAACCCAGAGAGCUCGUGCUCCAGCUCCGUAUCGCAGAGACUUUGAGGCCAAACUUCGUAACUUCUACAGGAAACUGGAAGCCAAGGGUUAUGGACAAGGACCAGGGAAAAUCAAACUGAUAGUACGGCGAGAUCAUCUAUUAGAAGGCACGUUUAACCAGGUCAUGGCCUACUCACGCAAAGAGCUCCAAAGGAACAAACUCUACAUCACCUUUGUCGGCGAAGAAGGUCUGGAUUACAGUGGGCCUUCUCGGGAGUUUUUCUUCCUGCUCUCUCAGGAGCUUUUUAACCCGUAUUACGGCUUGUUCGAGUACUCCGCCAAUGACACCUACACAGUCCAGAUCAGCCCCAUGUCAGCCUUCGUGGAGAGUCAUUUGGAAUGGUUUCGUUUCUGUGGCCGGAUCUUAGGCCUAGCGCUGAUCCAUCAGUAUCUGCUGGACGCUUUCUUCACCCGGCCAUUUUAUAAAGCUCUGCUCAGACUAUCGACUGACCUGAGCGAUCUGGAGUAUCUGGAUGAGGAGUUCCACCAGAGCUUACAGUGGAUGAAGGAUAAUGACAUCACAGACAUCCUGGAUCUAAACUUCACCGUCAAUGAGGAGGUGUUCGGCCAGGUAACAGAGAGGGAGCUGAAGUCAGGAGGCGCCAACGUUCAGGUGACGGAGAAGAACAAGAAAGAGUACAUAGAACGCAUGGUGAAGUGGAGAGUGGAGAGGGGAGUGGUUCAGCAAACCCAAGCUCUGGUCCGAGGUUUUUAUGAGGUGGUGGAUUCUCGUCUGGUGUCUGUGUUUGACGCUAGAGAGCUGGAGCUGGUCAUCGCUGGAACGGCCGAGAUCGACCUCAACGACUGGAGGACCAACACAGAAUACAGAGGCGGCUACCACGACGGGCACAUCGUGAUCCGGUGGUUCUGGGGAGCAGUGGAGCGCUUUAACAAUGAGCAGAGGCUGCGGCUGCUGCAAUUUGUUACAGGGACGUCCAGCGUGCCAUACGAGGGCUUUACGGCUCUGCGUGGAAGCAACGGCCUGCGCCGCUUCUGCAUCGAGAAGUGGGGGAAAAUCACUUCUCUGCCAAGGGCUCACACCUGCUUUAAUCGCCUUGAUCUUCCUCCUUACCCGUCCUACACCAUGCUCUAUGAGAAGCUCCUCAUCGCUGUAGAGGAGACCAGCACUUUCGGCCUUGAGUGAAGUGAUGACUCUGGGUCACUCGUGUACGCUACACGUCCAGUACACUACUAUAAAUUUGGCUCUGUUUUCAGUCAAUAGAAAAAAAAUUAUUAUAUAUAUAUAUAUAAUACACACCGAAGACGCCGUUGCAUGCACCACUCACCUGUGCACACACGACGUACCGUCUCUGGGGGCAGCAUCGUGUGCACCAUGCAAGCCGUGUAUGCAAUACGACACACCAGGCUUUAGCCUAAGUCUUAACUCUCAGGGCCUCGACCUCUGCUGCAGCACCAAAACUCCAACGAGGCUGCAGUGUUCAGUCAGGAUGCACACACACACACACACACACACACACACACACACACACACACACAACGUUGACUUGUCGCACCGCAGUCUUACUGACGAUCAACUCGGUCAAGAAACGUAAACACUUCCUUCCAAAAAUGGCGUCAUUACAGAGAUGAGCACGAUUAUUCAAAUAUCAGAAGCCGCGCAGGACAUGACAUCAGGAGACGGAGAAGCUUUUUUUUAAAAUAUAAUCAUCAAGUGCAUGAGUAGGGUUGUCAUCGUAACAGGAUCAUAACCCAUAGUUAUUCUAUGUUUUUUUUUUAAAUAUUUUGAAUAGACUAAACUGAACAAAAAAGAAAGAGUUACUGAAUUGGCACAGACAUGCCAUCCAGUGCUGCUGAAUUCUCAAUUCUGAUUGGUCGAAAGAGAAGCGAUUCAUCUCCUGUUACAGCAGCUCUGUCCAUCGUACCAGAUAUUACCAAUAAUUUAAAUAUCAACAACUCCAAUAUUAUACGUGUUUUUUUUGUUUUUUGUUUUUUUAAAGACGUGUUGUUGUUUAUCAAUCUAAAGCAUCGAGUCAUUCUGUAAGGGUAUGUUUGUGUACCGUAUAAGGAAGGAGUCUCCGGUGUCAAUGCUUUGUAAGAGUGAAAUAGAAAUUUCUUCAGGAUGGAAGUCAGGUGAUUUUUCAUCUCGUUCAUUUAAAAAGAGAGACUUACAGUAUGAGUGAACAGAUAUAGAGUUUAAAAUGUAAGCGAUAUUAAGAACGAACUAUAAAUAAUUCAACAUAUGCAAAUGGAUGUGGGACGACAGGAAUCAAACACUUUUUUUUUUUUAUCAAUAAUUUCCAGAUCCCCUUGUGAAUAAAAGUCAUUAACACUUGUUUUUAUUUAUCAACCGGUGUGCAUUCAUCUUUUUUAAUUUUUUUUUUGUAUUUAAUGUGUCAAAUGGAACUUUGUACAAUUGGAUGUACUGUAAAUGUGUAUAUUAUUGUCUAUAAGGUAUGUAUGUGUAACGUACAGUACAGAGAUCAAUUGUAAAAUGCAAUGGAUUUAUUUAGGAUUUUUUUUUUUUUUUUAACAACAAUCAUGGCACAAAGACAGCAGGCACAGGAUUAAAAAAGGGGAAAAAAUACUGUUUUAUAGACGUAUAUUUAUGGUUUAUCCCAAAAAGGCUCCAUUAUGGCUAUGGUUAGGAUAUUUAAGCUUUUUUUUUAUUUUUUUAUUUGUUUGUUUGUUAAUUCAUUUUUUUCCAAUAAUUUUGACCCCAACGUCAUUUAACAGAUUUAUCAUAAACCUAAACAUUUACUGACUGGUGAAUUUGGUGUGAACUGGUUUUCUUCUUUCUUUCUUUUUCACAGCACAGAGAACUGUCAAAUUUUAUCUGUGGAAAAACACACCACACACACACACACACACACACACUCACACUCACACUCACACUCACACACACACACACACACACACACACACACACACAGGGACUGUAGUUAGAAAUUAGAUUGGAAAAGGUUCGAGACUUUUUUUACACACACAAAUUAAUUAAUUAAUUUUUUUUGAAGAAGAAGAAUUUAAUUUAUUCAUUUAUUUAGGUAUAAUUUUGGAUUUUUUUCUACUUUACCCAAAAGGACAGUUCACGUUGUAUUUUAUGUAAUAUUAUGUAAUUAUACCCAAACGACUGUAACAGUAUGAUCCUGUAAUUCUGCUUUACAGAAAUGUAAGAUUGGGGUCGUCCGGUGAUUCUGUCCGGUUGUUCACGUGAUGUUUAUGGCGUCUAUUUUUCGGCUUUUUAAUCGCAUCGUUUCAUGGAGCUCGCGCUCUGUGUAUCGUAUAUAAAGGGAAGAGUGAAAGAUAUCAUAAUGACAGCUUGAAAACUCACACUAUCCAGUGUACAGCUUAAGCAUUUUGGGCCAUCUUUGUAUCUGUAAAUUAAAGUAUUCAGACUCUAUUACAAAGGUAGUAUGAAAUGCAAAUGAAAAAUGCUGCAGCACUGAUAAAAAAACAAUAAUCUAAAUUAUUUUAUAAUUGUUAUUAUUAUUAUUACUUCCUAUUCUGGGUAAACCAUUGCUUUUUGUAUUUAAUGUGUCAAAUGGAACGUUGUAUAAUUGGAUGUACUGUAAAUCAAAUGUGUAUAUUAUUGUCUAUACAGUAUGUGUGACGUACAGUAUAGAGAUCAAUUUUAAAAUGCAACGUAUGUAUGUAUGUAUGUAUGUAAGGAUUAAGAAGCUUUUUUUAAUAAUCAAUUGAUCUAUUUCUCUCUUUUUGCUUCAACGUUGGUUGUAUAAAUGCGUCAUGCUAUGCACUUUUGAGUUAAACUAACAAGAAUGCAAUUUUUUUGUCAGUUGUCUAGGGCUUCUUGUUUAUUUCCGAAUGUCCGGGAUGUACAGAGGUGUGGGAUGAUGAGUUCAUCUCAUACGGAUUGAUCAAACUGCCUUACAGCACCUCCGCUCCAAGGCUUCAGCUGCUGGAGAUGUGAGAAACUUCUGGCUCCUGCGUCAUCUUCAUAAACGUAAAACAUAACACACUUGUCCUGCACGAGCGGCUCACUUCGUCGUACUGUGUGUGUUUAUCAGGUCUUCGUCUCUCAGCUGGUUUUGUAUCCUGUAAAGCUCCAGGCUUCUUUAUCAGGCCGAGCUCUGUACAAAAAUGCAUAGCACUGUUCAAGAAUGUCAAUAAAAACAAUCACUUUGUAAGCAA